UCUAGUCGCCGUUUCACUUGGUUUUUUUUUCCAAAAUGGCGUUUUUUUCCGUAUAAAUACUUGACAUUCCUUGUCGAUCAUUGAAAUUUCGUUUGGUACGAAAAAAAAAAGUAUUUUGUGUCCGUUUCGGUUAAUUGAUCGGACAAAUUUUUUGUCUGGUGUCUGGAAGUCGACACAUAUUCGGUCAACGAAUCGAAUAAGGAAUGUGACAAUACGACCGGAUUCUCAAUUGAACGAGACACUUUACGUUUUUCUAUCAAAAGCUACGUAUCGAUCAUCACCCAGCACCUCUGACCGAUUUUCAGCACACGAACGGAGAGCAAACAACAAAACGAAAUGCAAACGAUAAAAUGUGUGGUAGUAGGUGACGGUGCCGUCGGUAAAACGUGUCUUCUCAUCUCGUACACCACCAAUAAAUUUCCAUCCGAAUACGUGCCGACUGUUUUCGAUAAUUAUGCCGUCACGGUCAUGAUCGGCGGCGAACCGUACACUCUGGGUCUAUUCGAUACGGCCGGCCAGGAAGAUUACGACCGUUUGAGACCGUUGUCUUAUCCACAAACGGAUGUGUUUCUGGUGUGCUUUUCGGUGGUUAGUCCAAGUUCAUUCGAAAACGUUAAAGAGAAGUGGGUACCGGAAAUAACACAUCAUUGUCAGAAGACUCCGUUCUUAUUGGUUGGCACGCAGAUCGAUUUGAGAGACGAAAGUACAACGUUGGAAAAGUUGGCCAAAAACAAACAGAAACCGAUCACGAUGGAACAGGGUGAAAAAUUGGCAAAAGAAUUGAAAGCAGUGAAAUAUGUAGAAUGCUCAGCAUUGACACAGAAAGGAUUAAAGAACGUGUUCGAUGAAGCGAUCUUAGCAGCUCUAGAACCACCAGAGCCCACCAAAAAACGAAGAUGCAAGUUCCUGUAAAACUACUGAGGUGCACAAUUCUUUCUUUUUUUUUCUUCCAUUUUAUACUUUCGCGAUAUCACACAUAUACACACAUCAGUUUCAUGUUAUGUGGGCUCCUGUUUUUUGAUAAAAAAAAGAACUUUUUUUAAUUUUGAAGAAUUUUUUUUUUUGUUUCCAUAGAAUCCGAUGAAAUAGAAAGUGAAUUUUCUUAACGCUGGAAAAUGAAAAAGAUUUUUUUUGUUGAAUUUCAUUGAUUAAAUGAAAUUUAGAUUUUUACUGUCCUUUUACAAGUCGAAAUUAAGUGUUCUCACACCGGAGCCGGAUCAAUUUACGGCUCAUGUAGUUUGAGUGUGGAAGUUUUAAGAUGAAAUUUGUGAGAUUAAUUAAAAAGAGAAAGAAAAAACCUCUUUCGACACUUCAAAACUAUGAAAAUUAUUUAGAGAAAAAGAAAAACUAAGAAAACACAUCAACCUCUGCGGGUGAUCUUUUCAUUGCGAUGGCUUUUAUACAUACAUUCAAUACGGCAUGAUUUCUGCUAUUAUUUAUUAGUGUUUUUAGCUUUUAUUUUAAUUUUUUUUUCUCGUUCCAAAAAUGAAAUUUUACGAUUUACAAAUGGAAAUAAAACCAUACUAACAGCAAGAAG